GCCAAGUAAGGUCCUUGCUCCACCUGCGAGGGUUCGCCGCGGCGUUUCCUUGUUCAGUUUUGUUUGGAUAGGCCAACGGGCUGCAGCAGCAAUGAGGCACAUGCCCCGGCUCAAUACCACAACUCCGGCUAAACGGCAACAAUAGUCACGGUAAUUGCAACUUUCGACUACGAAGGAUAAAUCAACUUUGGCGGCGACACAAAGACACACAAUCAGAAUGUCGCAUUUGCUGAGGCGCACCAAGAAGUCCUGUCUGAAGUUGCUGCGCCGGAUAUCCACCUCAAAGCAGCUAUUUGUGCAGCGCCUGGACGAGGAGGAUGGCGACGAGGACGAUAUGGAGCCGGAAGUGGGUGCAGACCUGCAACGGGGCCUCGAGCUGGACGUCAACAGCAAUUGCCACAUGACGGAGGCCAUCUACGAGGAGCUGCAGCUGGACGAGUGCAACCAGAAUGAGGCGCCACCGGAAAUGGCCAGGGAGGCGGAGGAACCACAGCCGCAGGAGGCAACGAAGCUCGAUCUGAGAAGCAAGUACUUGAUGAGCUGCGGAAACUACGAGGUGCUGGACACCAUUGAGUUUGAGCGGGUGCCCUACAAGGAGAAUGUGCGCUAUCUCCGGCACACGCCCUCCAACUCCAGCCUGGAUCUGCAGCUGGAGGAGCAGCAGCAGCAGAUGCAACAGCCGCCUCCAAAGCAGCUGUCAGUGCAUCAGCCUCCCAGACAGACGCCCCAGAAGAUGGUCAGCCACCGGCUGCAGCACCAGCAUCCCUGCAGCAUCAGCCUGGGCUCAAAGUUCGAGGGCAACUACCACAGCGUGGUGAUCAUGGAGCCGCCGCACGAUGACUUUCCCAUAGUCAAGUGGGAUAUCAAUGGCAAUUCCCUGGACGACGACACCUGCGAUCGCUGGGAGGACUUCGAUACGAGAUGGCGUCAGGCGGCGGCGGCCACCACCAGAUCGUUCUCGCAAUCGCAGUCCCAGAAGUCCAGCCACCAGUCCAGCUCCUGCACGCUGGAGACCUGGGUGGACGAUGCGGAGCCGCUGAGCCUGGAGCUGCACAGGCACGAGAAUGCGGCCAACUGUAACUUUUGCCUUAGGAGCUUUUGAGUCCGGGAAAUCGGGAAUCAGGGUACCCAAAUAUAUAUCCAUGUAUAACCUCCACACUUUGCGUCCAGCGAUAGAGCACAGAAACCAGUCUUGUGAGAAUUAUCUACAUAUAUGUAUUCGACUCGGAGAGAGUCGACAGACCGCAAUUUUCAUUAUAGAAAGUUGUUUUCGAAAAUAUCCAUUAACAAUAAAGCGUGUUUGCGUGUGUGUGUGCGGCGCUCCUUUGGCUCCAUACCUUGAAUAA